AUGGUGAAUACACCAAGCUGCAUUAGCGGGAGCGGGAGGAGGAGGAAGGAGGCAGAAGCUGGGCGGUGCCUAGCUCCGGGGCUGCGGUCGGUGGGGCUCGGUGCCACCGCCAGCUUCGCCCGGUUCCGGGUGCGGCUGGGAGGCCUCUCCUCCGUCCCCAGGCCGGUGCGACCCAGCGCAGGCGGGCUCGGCUGCAGCUCGAUCCACCGACCGCACAACGAACCUCCUACUCUCCGACUCCGGGCAGCCGGCUGUGGUUCCCGCCGGAGCCGUCAAAGACCUCACGCGAGAGUAGGAAAUCUCGCUCGACUGCCGCGGGAGUGUCCGGAAGGCGAGAAAGCGGAACCGGCCCCAGGUUCCGCGCUUGCGCAGAAACCGAGACCGCCCUCUUCCGGCUCAAAGCGGGAUAUCUGCGGGGGGAGGAGGGUAGGCGGCAAGUGGGGUUGCCCAGGGACUGUGGGGAGAGCAGAAUCGUGGGUCCUAGGUUCUAGAGGAGCGGUUCGCGGAGCUGGGCUGGAGAUCAAGGAUGCAUUCGAAGAAAGUACUAAAAAAUAUAUCACCAGCUCCAACCUGACAGUUGACCUUACCAUGGAAAACCUCAUUGGAGCCUCACUAAAUUGACCAUAACUGGCACUCUAAAAAGUCUCUC